GUUAUCUUACAUUAACAACAAAACCAACCUUUGCUACCUAUUACCCUCUGAGUAAUAUUAGAUCCAUUCACAUACCGUCUAUCAUUACUUCACAGAGUAAUAACUUUCCAUUCACGAUGCCUCCUCAAGAGACCAACAACAUGACUAGACAACAGAAGAUCAACGCUGGCAUUGAAAAGCUCAAGGCAAAACGCGCUGAAGUUGCCGAGAAGAAGGCUCGCGAUGCUGCAAAUCCUCCUGGAAAGAUUAGCGCAUCCUCCACCGCAACUUCUUUGAAUCAAGCUCCUGAAAUGAGCACUUCCCGAAUCUCAUCUCUUCCACGCAUGAAAAAACACCCAGGGAAAUCAAUGCCCGAGGUUGCUGAGAAGAAAGCCGCUGAGGAAGCUGCUGCUGCCGCCAAAAUUCAGCGCAAGAUGGCGGAAAAGGAAGAAGGAGAGAUCGAUAGCGACACAGAAGAAAUUGUAUACCAUGGCCGCAUGAGCAAUGGUAACCAAAAUCGAAAGUCUGCCCCGUUCAAAGACCAAAAGAUAUUCGGUCGCAACGAGAACACAAACGAGGCUAGAAAAACCACCAAGUUCAAGCCCGACAUUAAGAAAGUCCCACCCAGAGUUCAAAAGUCCCAGGACCUCAAGAAGCCUGAAGAGAAAGACCAGUCUCCAACCAAGCGCAAGUACUUCGAUACCGACUCUAGCGAUUCUGAAGAACAAAUCGCUAAGCCUGCCAAGAAGGUGAAGACCGCAAAGGCAGGUAUGGACUUCGAAAAUCUUCCCACCAAGCGCAAGCAUUCUGAGAAAGUAGAAACAAGUGGUCCUGUAAAGAAACAGAAGAUCACUGAGCCAACUCAAAAACCUGUUGCUGCUCCUGUAAAGCGCGCCCCUGUCAAGGAGACGAAGGUUCGAAACAAUCCCACCAAGAAUUUGCUAGGUUUUGGUGGUUCUAGAACUACCAAGAAGCCAGCAGCACCAAAGAAACCAGUAGCACCAAAGAAGGGCUCCAUGCAGCCUAGGUCGGUUUCUGAGGCAAGAAACGAAAAUGGUGAGAAAUCUGUGGAAAAUGUCCUCAAGUCUGUUUCUGCAAAGAUUAAGCCAGAUGAUUUCGCAUCACAGAGCGAUUCAACCACUACAUCAACAAUAGAACCAUCGAAAAAACAUCGAUACCUUCCCGAUGUUUCGAUGGAGGAUCUUUUUGCCGAAGCACCAAUUGUGGCAGCUCAACCAAUCGAGAGCCCGCAAGCAGCUUUAGAUAACGCCCUCCCACGAUCAGCCUUCGAUAAAGCCCCUGUCAAGACUAAAUCUAGUCGUCGAGGCCCAACUCCUGCUCAAAAAGUCAAAGCUCCAAAAGUCGAAGCCAAGAAAGAAUCUGCUUCGUCGACAUCUAUGCCUGCCAUGAAAUCAACUAGAGUGGCAAAACCUAGUCGCCGCAAAGUUACUCCCGCUCCUGAUGUCGAUGUCGCACAGCCAUCCACUUCCAUUCGGAGCCCAUUAUCGACUUUCUCGAGCACUUCCAAUAAGGCCCAGCCUAGGCGCCGUGGUGCUACUCCUGCCCCCAAGGAUGGAGUCAUCAAGUCAUUGCCUUCUUUAAUCCAAUUACCUACCUCAUCAUCAGCUGGAGAGGCCCAGCCCAAUCGUCGUCGUGCUGUUCCAAUUCCUCGCGUCGAAUCCAAGAAGCAAUCUGUUUCGUCAAAACCACUGACCACCAGGACGCCAACAAAAGAGGCUGGUAGAUCUACAUCAUCUGGUAUUACCCUAUCAACUUCCGCCCCAAGAAAUGUGAUCAAGAAGGCAAACGAAACUGACAGAAUGGUACCCGCUCCAAAAUCCCCAGUUGUUAAAAAAUUGAAAAACACCAAUGACAACAUGGAAGAAAAGUCAAAGCCAAAGAAAGUGAAGACAACAAAACAACCAAAGCCUGUGGCUAAAAUUAAUAGUUUUCUUCCAGCACAAUUGAAUCUUGAGGCUGAAGUGUUACCAGAGACACAUAUUAAUGAAGAUAUUGUCAGUCUUGGUCCCAAGGUUGGACCAAGCCAAGCACAGCGAAGAAUGCCACAAUUCCUCGGAUUUCCUGGACUUCAAGCUGGAAACCCAGGCAAGGAGUGUCUUGUUAAUGACUUCUUUGAACUUGAAAACGCCGAGGAAAGAUUCAAGUUUGUCACUCCGAAUACAGAGCUCUCUGACGCAACGGAAGCUAAAAACACCACGGAACUUGAGUUCGAGCGCGAUUUCCAGCUCGAAAUACAAAACUCAUUCCAUGCUGAUCAAUUGCGAUCAGCUCUGGAAGAAGCAAUUGCCCUUCGAGCUAAAAAAGGUGAAUCAUCUGACCAAGAUUCAUCAGAUGAAGGUAGUGAUGAAUAUUCUUCCGGAGACGAGUCUGAUGAAAAGCAGUGCAAGGUCACUCAAAGACCCUCUAAGCCAACUGUCCUAUACGAGGGAUACAAUGGUGUCUUGCAAGAGGAACCCUUCUAUGCUAGGGAUCGGGGUUAUGAGAAAGAUAUGUUAGAUGCCGACGAGGAUAAGGAUGAGGACGAGCAACCUUCCACGAUAUGGCACAUUGAUCACGGCAAAAAAAUUGCUAGACCAGUUAUUACAAAAAGUUACUUCAAGGAAUCUGCAUAUCGUAUCUCUGCCUUCGAUCAGGCUCUUGAGCCCGCAAUGAAACUCUAUCUUGAGGGUAAAAAGGCUAGGGACGCAGCUGCUAAAGAAAAGGCAUUGCCACCGGUUCGUGACCCCAUUUUUGAUGAUAUGUAUGCCUAUAUCGAUCGAUGCCUUGGGCCUAGAAAGGCUAGGAAAGCAGAGCCGGUCAUGCCUAGUUCUAUCUUUGAUGAACUGGAGGCUGAAUUUGAUCGUUGUCUUGAGGCUCAACAUGAGGAAGACGCAGCUGCCGAAAAAGAGGCCCCACCACCGGUCAUUCCUCGCUCUGCCUUCGAUGAAAUUGAAGAAGAAGGAGAAUUUUCCUCUGAUGAGAGACAUCAGCAAGAUUGCUCAGAGGGAAUCUCAUCAUUUUCUGUCGAGUCUCCGGCGGCUUUUUUAGAAAGUUCCACCCGUGAUUGUCCUGCGAGCUCCACCAGUUUUGAAGACUAUUUCCGCGGGGCAUUCUUCGAUUUUAAUGAUGCUUCAGGCCAGGGGUCUAGAGUUAUAGAGGAUCCAUUUUCUCUACUAGACACUUUCAAUUUUUCGAACGAGACGGAGAUUCCAGCAAGUCAGUCAUUGACGUCUGAAGAUGACGAUUCUGAUUCUACCAAAGAAUCCAAAGAUAGAUUAGAAGAGGAAACCCCUCGGUCAGAAUCGCCUGACUCAAGCACUGUAAGCAUUGGGCCAUAUGUCGGUCUAGGCGGCAGCAUUGGUUUGCCUCCUCUUGAAGAUCUUCAGGACAUUUCUGAGGACUCCGAUGACUGCGACGAGUCCGAUGAUGAGGAUUCAGAGAUGUCAGAAAAUGACGAAUCCGAGAUCAUCAUCCUCGAUGACACUACACCUAUAGAGUCCGAGGAAGAUGAGGAUCUCCAAGCUACAGACGACGAUGAAGACGCAGAGCUUUAUCGAAAAUACAGGGUUCCAGCAGACCUCUCAAAUGUCGAAAUUACAAUGGAGCCAACAGAACUACAAUUACUGAAGGCUAAGACGUCAUGGGAAUUGUUCGAGCUUCAAAAAUGGGAGCAGGAGAAUGAAGUCGAAGUUCAUGCAGCCUUCGACCGCGAACUUCUCCUUCGCAACAUGAACGUCUCGAGAAAACGCAUCGCCAACUAUAUGAAGGUGCUCAGAAAAUAUGAGAAUCGCACAGUCCCAAAAGCUGAGGUUGUGCCAGAGGAUAGCAGUGAUGAUUCGGAUGAUGAUGAUGAUGAAUUUUCCCAUCCCAUCAAGCUCAGCAUGCCUCAAGUUGUUGAUGUAAUCGCCGACCCAGUUGACUUCUCGAACGUUGACAUUGAUACAGAUGUUGAGAGCAAUGCCCAUCCUUUCGGACCCAUCAAUUGGUAAUGGCUGACAUCGACUUCAACCUUUCUUCUUCUUUUGGGAACGGCAGGUGGUCAGACUGCAAAAAUAGGAGAUGCAGCUGAAAAUCUUCCUACUUCAUGAUAGCUGCAUAUCAUCUAGGAAAAAACAACAUUAUUUUCACCGCGAAUAUUGCAGCAUCAAAAGCCUUAUUCGAAAAUAAACUCCA